AUGGCGGCCCAGGAACGCCCACUGCGCAGGCGCAGCAGAGCACCGAGCGCGGGCGGGCGGAGUCACGAGCCGGAAGUACCCCUCGCUACCCGCCCUUCCGAACGACCCUUGGGCCGGAAGUUCCUGGAGCUCCCGCCUCUGGGCGGAACUCCGCGUUGCUGGGCAACCUCAGUGGGCGCGGCAGACUGGGUCUUCCCUUCUCGGAGGCAGCGGAGUGCAUCCCCGUCCUGCUGCGCCGGGGGCCUCGCGUCCCGCCCGCUUGCCCGCGAGCCGCUUCCCUGGUCGCAGCAUCCCUGCCCUUGGCACUACCUACACCUCUCGGGCUCCCACGCCUCCUUAGCCCCUACCUGCUUCAGAGCCUACCUCCACCGCAGUCGCGGCGGUUCAACCCCCGACAUGGCGGCGGUGAUGACGGACUCCAAUCCCCGGGCCGCCAGGGCCUCGGGCACCUACACCUACACCAGCCGGCCCCGAGCCCUGCCAUGCCAGCGCCGCCGCUACCGGGACAGCCUGUUGCAGCCAGCUGAAGAACCCUCCCAUUAUGGAAACAUAAUGUAUGACAGAAGGGUGAUCCGAGGCAACACCUAUGCACUGCCCACAGGACAGGUGCCUGGGCAGCCUGAUCCGCUAGAGCUUCAGCGACAGCAGCAGGCCAGGAGGAAGGCUCUUGCCAGAAAACGAGCACAAGAGCAGCUCAGACCCCGAACACCCGAGCCUGUGGAAGGCAGAAAGCAUGUGGACGUGCAGACAGAAUUAUAUCUUGAAGAAAUUGCUGAUCGUAUAGUUGAAGUUGACAUGGAAUGCCAGACAGAUGCAUUUUUGAACAGACCACCAACACCACUCUUUAUCCCUGCCAAAACAGGCAAAGAUGUGUCCACUCAAAUACUAGAAGGAGAGCUCUUUGACUUUGAUCUUGAAGUCAAACCAAUGUUAGAAGUUCUGCUGGGGAAAACGAUUGAACAGGCCCUUCUGGAAGUGAUGGAAGAAGAGGAGUUAGCCAACCUGCGGGCCAGGCAGUACGUGUAUGAAGAGAUACGGAACGCUGAGCUGGCUGAAGUUCAGCGACUGGAGGAGCAAGAGAGACGGCACCAAGAAGAAAAGGAACGCCGGAAGCAGCAGCAGGGGGAAAUCGUGCGCAAGCACCAUGAGACGUCCCAGAAGAUCUCAGCCCGGGCCUUCGCACAGCGCUACCUGGCGGACCUUAUCCCGGCUGUGUUUGACAGUCUUCGGGAGAGUGGAUAUUUUUAUGAUCCCAUUGAAAGAGAUAUUGAGAUAGGAUUCCUUCCAUGGCUAAUGAAUGAAGUUGAGAAAACCAUGGAACACAGCAUGGUGGGGAGAACUGUUCUUGACAUGUUGAUCCGUGAAGUGGUGGAAAGGAGGCUGAACACUUACGAGCAUAAGGACGCACAGCAGUCUCUGAAGUUGGAGGACGGGUUUAGUGGUCCUGAAACAAUGGCAGAACCCUCGGUGAGUUAUGACUUACAGGAGCCAACCAUAUCCCAGACCCAGAGGCCAUUUUUAGACAGAGACUACCCACAAAGAACACCACACAACACAGAGCCACCACCCCAAGAAAGGAAGUUCAUGGAAGAAGGAGAGUUCUUGGGGCUGGAUGAACAAGCAGAAAUGAGGGACUUUGCAGGGGAGGAUCUGUCACAGCCAGAAGAACCUUGGGAGCCAUGAAAGCAAUCCACAACCAGUCAGUAGUGAACAGUCAGGUGCUGACACAUGUGACCCCAGACUCUAGAAAUUAUGUUUUAUUUAGCCAACAAAUCUUUUUUGUCUAAUCGACAGAACUAAUCAAAUAUAAUAAAAAUAAAACAAUAAAAACAUUUUACUUCCUUUACUAGAAUAUGCAAAGGCUAUAUUGUUGUUCUGAUGAGAUUCAUGUCUAAUUACUAGCUUCCUAUUGCCUUCCUUUGUAACUAGUAGGUAUAUCUUUCCUGAACCUCCCAGUUUUGUGGAUUGAUCUUUUUUGGAAAGUCUCAUAUCUCAGAUAAUGUAGCUGUCAGCCGUUAAGUUCACCGUCCCUGAAGGAAAAGUGCCCACUCACUCUGUGAGAGAACGUGUAAGUGUUGUGGUCCCACAGGCUGCAGUGCCUCAUCCAUACAAGGAGUAGGCGCUAAAGCCCUCAUUUGUAUAAAAUUAAAUCUGCCACUUCCUACUCUCGCCUUAACUAAGGCCUCCAAAGCUCUGGACUGGUAGCGUGCUUGAGUCUCUUUUUCUCAUAUCCCUUCCAUAGAGAAAGGUAAGCCGUCUCUGUGAAGGGAGACGUCCCCAUUUCCUGUGCGUCUCACUCCACAGACACACAGCAUGUUGUCAGUGGGGUGAGGCCUUCACGGCUUCCUUAGGUACAUGCAUGUUUCCACACUUGGAAGUGUGCAGGCCACUUUUCACUUACAUAAAUAGGAAUGGAUUGUUUACACAUAGCAUUUUUUUACCAGACAGUAUGUCUUUUAACACGUUUAUAUAAAUCGCUUAUCCCUUGCAAUGUGGCAAGAUAAUACAUAUUAUAUAUAUAUAUACAUAUAUAUUUGUGUGUUGUAGGGAGUUCACAUUUAACAUUUUUAGUUGUGCUUGUUUAGAGAAUUUGCCUGCAGUAUUGACAAGCACAGAUUACUUUAUCUCAAAGUCUUGCUACUACUAAACAAUAAAAUCUUGUGAGACAUCAGGUAGACAUAUAGUCUAUUUUCCUUAGAAUGGUUGUAGAUAUGUAAUCUAUAAUAAUUUGAAAGGUAUAAAUUAUUCAUACAUUUACCAUUAUUUCUUUUUUUAAGUUCGGUACAAGAAUGUAUCCACACUUUUUAAUGUAAAAAUAAUGUACCCAGGGCUGGAGAGACAGCUCAGCAGUU